GCGGCGGCGACCCCGGUGGGCGGUGGCGGGGGGGGUGGGCUGCGCUGCGGGUCGGGCGAUCCAUGGGCAGCGGGGCGCGAGUACGCAGGGCCCGCGGCGGCCCGGCUGCUGCCUGCGCUCCGCCGCCGCUCUCCGGGUUUCAUCUUUGGCUCAUCAAAUGGACAGUAAGCGGCACUGAGUGUUAACUGUGAGAGCUCUGCAAGCACAGUGGCUGCUGGGAUGUUGCGACAGAACGGUGGAAGUAACAAGCGUGGUUUGGGAUUGGCCCGACUGUCUACCUCCAACUUCUUCACCAUCUCUAAUUCAGGAAACUGGGGAAUGGGGCGCAGCACGAAGAGCAGCUCUUUGAGCAGUAUUAGCUCCAACUCUGACUGCUAUGAUAAUCCUGUUGUGGAUCCAGAAUAUAUCAUGCAACUGGUGAAUGAUGUCAGAAAAUUUGCAGAUGUGCUACUCUAUUUGAAGGAAGCCAUUCUUUCAGAAGAAAAUCAAGAGGGCCUGCAUCAAGUAGUACAUGAACGCCUGGGGGAGUUGCUGCGUGUUUUAAAAGCAGUGAUAAAUAAGCAUCCAACUCUAAACUCUGUUGAUAUUCUUAGUGCUGCAGGAACAGUUAUUGCAAAAGUAAAAGCGGUGAACUUCAAAGAAGCUAAUGAAGAAAACAAGAGAGAACUUUUCAGUGAAAUAUUUUCUUCUAUUGAGACAUUGGCAUUCACCUUUGGAAACGUUGUUUCAGACUUCCUUAUGGGAGAUGUAGACAAUGGCUCGUCAUUGGGACUUCCUGUAUCUCGGAGAAGUCGGUCUUUUGAGAAUCUUUCUGUGGAAUCUGGGGGUUCACUGCAUGAAAGGGAUGAUAUUCAAGGACAUCUUCGAGCAGAGGAGGUUGAUAGCAUGCUUCUUAGAAAUGACAGCGGAAUUGAAUCAGCACUGUCCUAUGCUAAAGCAUGGUCAAAAUAUACCAAGGAUGUAGUUGCAUGGGUAGAAAAAAAGCUUAGCUUGGAAGUGGAGUGUGCUAAAAACUUAGCAAAAAUGGCUGAAACUGCUAAAGCUGUCAUUGGACACCAGGAUUUUAUGCCAUUCCAGUCAAUAUUCAUUAAUGCUUUUCAAAACGAUAUUGAGAACAAUCAACUUUGGCAACAAACAGCUGCUGCUCUCCAGUCUAACAAAUUUGUGCAGCCUCUUCUCGGAAGGAAAAAUGAGCUGGAUAGACAAAGGAAAGAUAUCAAGGAGCUUUGGCAGCGAGAACAGAAAAAAAUGCAAGAGCUGGAAGCUGCUCUAAGAAAAGCGAAGUUACUAUAUACACAGCGUCAAGAUGAGUAUGAAAAGGCAAAAUCCUGUACUGCUCGUGCUGAGGAAGAACAUCUUAGCUCAAGUGGAAGCUUUGUGAAAGACUUCAGCAAGCAACUGGAAAAAAAACGAAGGCUAGAAGAUGAAGCUCUUCAAAAAGCUGAAGAGGCCAGUGAACACUAUAAAGCCAGCAUGGCGGACGUUGAAGAAAAAAGAAAUUAUUUGGAAAGCUUUAAAAGUGAUGUCUUAACACAGCUUCGGGAGCUUAUUUACCAGUGUGAUCUUACUCUUAAAGCUGCGACAGUUAACCUGUUCCAGCUGCAGCACACUCAGGUCGUAUCUCUUCCAGUUAACUGCCAGUCCCUCUGUGAAAGUGCCAAACUCUAUGAACCAGGUCAACAGUAUUCAGAGUUUGUGAAAAGUUUGCCAAAGGAAUGCGUGCACAUUGAAUCAGGUUCUUUUGAAAUCCAGAGUUCCCAGGUUGAUGGGGUUUUUAAUAAACAGUCAACCAACAGUGUCCAUACAUCACAUGGUAACUUAUCUCAGUGUUCAGGAGAUUUUCCUGCUCAGACAAUAGAUGAUGUGGGAAGCCCAAUUUAUCAUCGUUCACAAAAGAUUGAAGAGAAGAGAUCUUCCAGCAGCACAGAUAUCCAAGCAGUGCGAGGGCCACCACCAUUCAGAUCAUGGUCGGUUGGCAAUCAGAGUGGAGGAAUGUGUAGUGAUUCUGAAAGUGCAGGAGGAAGCAGUGAGUCACGAUCCAUGGAUUCUCCAUCUGCUAGCCCAGGAGAUUUCAAAAGGCGACUUCCCCGAACACCUUCCACGGGUACUAUGUCAUCUGCAGAUGAUCUUGAUGAAAGAGAGCCACCAUCUCCUUCAGACUGUGGUUUAAAUGAUCUGACAUCUGAAACUGCAAAUUCUCCAGGACCUUUUAGAAAUGCCAAUAUGUCCAAAGCAGCACAAACACACAAACUACGGAAGCUGAGAGCUCCAUCGAAAUGCAGAGAAUGUGACAGCUUAGUGGUAUUUCAUGGAGCUGAAUGUGAGGAGUGUUCACUUGCAUGCCAUAAAAAAUGUUUAGAGACUUUAGCUAUUCAAUGUGGGCACAAAAAACUUCAUGGAAGGCUUCACUUGUUUGGAGUGGAAUUUGCCCAAGCAGCUAAAAAUGUUCCUGAUGGGAUUCCUUUUAUCAUCAAAAAGUGUACAUCAGAAAUUGAAAGCAGAGCACUGAACGUCAAGGGCAUCUAUCGUGUGAAUGGAGCCAAAUCAAGAGUUGAGAAGCUGUGUCAAGCUUUUGAAAAUGGAAAGGAUUUGGUUGAGCUCUCAGAACUCUAUGCACAUGAUAUCAGCAAUGUUCUCAAGCUGUAUCUCCGCCAGCUUCCAGAACCCUUGAUUUUGUUUCGACUUUACAAUGAGUUCAUUGGACUUGCAAAAGAAAGCCAGAAUGUUAAUGAGGAACUGGAUACUAAACAAGCUAGCCCCAAAUCAAAGAAAAGACAGUCAAUCUGUAUUGAACUGAAUAGGAUCAUCAUUAAAAUUAAAGAUCUUCUGAAACAACUGCCUGUACCAAACUAUAACACUCUUCAAUUCCUUAUUGGGCACCUUCACAGAGUUACGGAACAGUCUGAUGAAAAUAAAAUGUCCGCCAGCAACCUCGGCAUAAUAUUUGGCCCAACUCUCAUCAGGCCACGUCAAACAGAUGCUACAGUUUCUUUGUCAUCACUUGUGGAUUACCCUUAUCAGGCCCGGGUAGUGGAGCUGCUCAUAACAUACUAUGAAAAGAUAUUUGAUGUUUCACUGAAACCACUUCUGAGCACACCUCAGUCUGAAGAAACUGCCCUAACAGUAAGAGUUGCUUUAUCAGCAGAAGAGAGGGAGUCACAGCAGCACAGGAAGUCGUUUGUUGCUGUCAAGGAAGGUGUUCUGGUAGCUCCAAGUGAAAGCAGAGCUUCAGAAACAGCUGCUUCAUUUUUGGAAUCAAACAAUAGCAAGAAUACAAAAGAACAAGUAGAUACAUCUGUAACUGGUGAUGCUGAGAGUCCAGCUUCAGAGAGAGAUGAUUCAAUUGUUUCCCCAAGUGAAGACAGCUGUAAAAUUAACUUAUUUCCUGCAAAACCUAACCGUCAGAUUACCAAAGUUCCAUUGCGGGUUCCAAGGACAAAACCAACUAGUCGCCCUGUGAGCUUACCUGUAGAACGAAUACUUCCUCCGUGUGUUUUGAAUGAAAGAAAUUCACGAAAUGCAGGAGCUGUAAGUCCAGAGAAGCUUGGCAGGAGCCCUACUAUUGAAGAAGUUUCAGAGGCGAAGGCACUUCCUGCUGCUGAUACCUGCUGCAGACUUCCUUGUUACGACACACAGAUACUGCGAAAAACGUGGGACAAGCAGUAUAAACAGUACGAUAUCACAGCAAGGACAGCUAUGAUCAUGACUAAUGUGCCCCAGGAGAACCGAGCAGUUGAGAGUGGAACUGCAGGUGCCUUAUCUUCAUCAUGCAGCGCCGGUAACAGUUCAGCUAAUGCCAUUCUUCCAAGUAAGCCAUAUUCUGUUUCUGUCAAGUCAGGAAGGACAGCAACAGAAGGGAAUGGUCCUGAUGCCAAUCCUCUGGCUGCCUUCAGGGCACCAAGAACAUUGCAGCCACCCCCAGGGACAUUUUAUAAACCACCCACUAACAAAUCAAAACAAAAUGAAGAGGGUUCUUCUGCUAAAGCUUGUGCACCAACCAGUGCUAGCCCUGUGCUUCACCAGGAUAAUACUGUGAAACUGUCUCGGAGCUCUGCAUUUCCAUCAGGUGAUCCUGAACAAAACAUAAAUGAACAAAAAACUAGCUCAGAGGAUACUCAUCCCACAGAUCUGAAGCCUACUUACCAGAGACUGAGACCAAAAAGGAUCCAAGAACUGGAACACAGGGAAGCUCAUUUUGUAUAGGGUGCAAAUUCCUCUUGGACUGUAUGCAGUUUGUUGCCAGUGGAGGCUUCCUGUUGUCCCUCUAUCCUUUGCCUUCCCUUGAGAAUGCCACUUUUGUGCCAUAUUGGAGUUAUUUUUAUAUAUGCAGCAUUUUAAAAAUGGGGGGAGGGGGAAUUUUGAAGGAAAGAAGUCAAACUUUUUGUUAUUCAGUAGCUUUUCAUAAAGAUUUCAUGCAUUCCCAGUCUAGAGACAGCUAAUGGGUUCAUUGAAGAAGACCCUGAGCUCCAUUCCAUCGUAUGGAAUGGAAUGCUUAUUCAUAGAGAAACAACUACUGCACAUAGCAAUGAAAGGAGCCAUUUUUCAUCGUAGACUUUAUAAAUAAAAUGGAAGGUUUAAUAUUCACUGUCUAAGCAUAAACCAAAGCUUGUGCUUUGCUCUGUAAAAGCAUUUGUUCGGUUUUCUAAUCUGUGCAAUUAAAGCUUUGCUCCUGAACAGACUCACGUACUGUCCAGCAUGGCCCAUAAUUAUGUAUCAUAUGUGUAUAUUUUAGGCAGACAUGGUUAUCUGUUGCCAGUUUUCUAUGUUGUCACUUUAAUUUUUUUUUUGUACAGCAAGGAUGCACUUACUGAGCUUUACUAUUCAGAAGCAGCAAUUGAUCCACGUCUGGUUUCUUGUGUAGCUUAGUGAGGGAGGUCAAUGUACACAGCCGGUUUCAAUUGGAUGCCCUUCUAAAGAGACUCAGUUGCACAUCCCAGGCUGGAUGAAAAGGCAGAGAUUUCCUUGCUAUAGAUCAGUUUCACCAUUUAACCUGGUGUAGCUGAAAUGAAGAGCAGUUUCCAAGUUCAAGUGAAAGAGCUGAAAAAACCAAAAAUCUGCUUUAGUAGGUGCAUCUAAUGGUUUUCACUUUGUAUUAAAUGGUUUUUAUUUGUACACUGUGUUAUAUUUGCUUUAAAAUAUAUUAACUUGUUAACAUUUCAGUGACUCUAUGGCUUCUAUAUCUGGAUUUCUUCUAACUUAUUAAAAUACAGACAUUUGGCCUAUGCAAUAGUAUAGUACUCUGCAUCUGUCUUCCGGUGAUGGGGCCAGCACGCUCUUCUUAAUCAGACUACAAAUUAGCUUGACCCUUUCUCACAUAAUCUGUACGGUUAUUUUAGCAUGGUACUUUCUACUGAAGUAAGAACCAACAGGACAGGAGAAGCAGAGAAUCACUUUUCUGUUUUUAAAACAUAAAAUGUACUGGGCUUUCCUACUCAAUUCCCUUUGCUCUUCGUCCCAAAAUAUUCCAAAUAGAAUCCCACACUGCAUUCAGUGGCUAUAAUCUGAUUUUAGAUUCCGGAACAAAACAUUAAACUUGCAAUGCUGAACUUCUGAUUUCUUGUCACGUUUCUAUGGAAGAAUGGCUUGCUUUCUUGGCAAAACCUGUGCUACCUCUGGAUGGUUCUGGCCAUCCUAGGAGCCACUGCUUUGGGGACCUGCCUCAUACUACGUAAAAGCUGAAGAUGCCAGAUGCUGCUGUCUGCCUCGACUGGUAUUGUGAGUUGCAUAAUAAAAUAAAGAGGGAUAAAGGCUUCUUGACAUAGAUGAAGAUUUGUUCCACUUUGAGAAUAGAGGGGGGUGCUCCAUACAACUGGUUUAUAAGCAGAAAUAGCAUUAAUGAAGCAUUGCAGACAUUGUAGCAGAACCUUGUAGCACAGCUGUGAAGGAUGGUGCUGCUCAGUGUAGGUUAAGGCCCCAAGAUGGCAAAUUAAUUUGUGAACUGCCAUUAAAACUGUUAUCUCACUCUAUUUUUAAGUGUUUUAGCAUUUACCUAACACUGAAUAUGCCAAUAGCUUAAGAAAUUGUAACAAAAAACCAUUUGCCUAGUUGGAUGAAGGGUUUCUGGUACCCUCCCAACGCCGAGCAGAUGGCUGAGGUGGAGAGUUAUGAUAGUGUAUCACAAUCUGUGAGAUACAGAUGUUUCUUAACCAAGUGCUAAUACUGGUUACUAUGGGUUGUUACCACAUUGCUUUCCAUUUACCAUCUGUUUCCAUGUUUUGCUAGUGUGA